UAGUGUUUGGGUGGUUGUCGGGCUGUUCACCGGUGCAGGGUGUCGGCGUCGCUUGGUGGGCACCGAGGUGACGGAGCGAAAAGCGGGAGGAGAGAAGUUGGGCCCGCUGCCCAGAGGCGGCUGUGAGGUCCCCUGCGCACGUAGUUGACGGCGGUGCCCUAGUUCCCGCCCCGCUCGCCGCCUCUCCCAGCUCGGUUCUUCGCACCGGCCGGUGACCGAGGUGGCCCUGAUGAGGCCGGCUCAGGGUCCCAUGGCAGUGGCAGAAAUGCUUAUGGACCCUGUACAGUUUUGGCAGGACCGUGUGGUCUUUGAGGACGUGGCUGUGUAUUUCUCCCAGGAGGAGUGGGGCCUCCUUGAUGAAGCUCAGAGACACUUGUACCAUGCUGUGAUGACGGAGAACUUUGCACUUGUGACCUCCCUAGGUUGUUGGCAUGGAGCCCAGGAUGAGGAGGCACCUUCUGAGCAAAGUGUUUCUGUAGGGAUGUCAGAGGUUGGGACUCCAAAGCCAGAUCCAUCCACCAAGAAGGGCCAGCCCUAUGAGAUGUGUGACCCACUGUCCAAAGACCUUUUGCAUCUACCUGAGCAUGACGGAAUGUACCCUGAUGAAGGGCUAUAUAUUUGUGGGGCAAACCUUUUCCAGCAGCAGAAGGAGCAGAUUAGAGACAAACUUUCCAGAAGGGAUGAGGGGCAGCCUUCAUUUCUUACCAACAGCAGCAUUCACUCGGCAGAGAGGACCUUGACAUGCAGCAGAGACGGAAAGGACUUCCCAGGCAGCACAGGCCUUCUGCAGCAGCCGGCCCCUCACAGUGCGGGGAAGCCACACAGGGACACUGAGUGUGGGGAAGCUUUUGAUAGUGGGCAGAGUGAUUACAGGUGCACUCAGUGUGGGAAAGCCUUCCGUCAAAAACAGAUCCUUGUUGAGCACCAGAAAAUCCACACUGGUGUAAGGCCUUAUGAGUGCAGCAAAUGUGGGAUGGCCUUCAUUAGAAAGUUUCACCUUGUUCAGCACCAGAGAAUCCAUACUGGAGAAAGGCCUUUUCAGUGCAGUGAAUGUGGGAAAUGCUUUAGGUACAACUCCACACUCGCUAGUCAUCAGAGAGUUCACACUGGAUUGAGCCCUUAUGAAUGCAGCAAAUGUGGGGAAUUCUUCAAGUACAAUGCCAACUUCAUGAAACAUCAGAGAAAACACAAUGGAGAAAGGCCUUAUGAGUGCAGAGAAUGUGGAAAAUUCUUUAGGUACAACUAUAGACUGAUAAGACAUGGGAGAGUUCACAGUGGAGAACGACCUUAUAAGUGCAGCGAAUGUGGGAAAUUUUUCAGGUACAGCUCCACAUUCAUUAGACAUCAGAGAGUUCAUACUUCAGAAAGGCCUUAUAAGUGUAAUGAAUGUGGGAAAUUUUUUAGGUAUAAUUCCACACUCAUUAAACACCAGAGAGUUCACACUGGAGAAAGGCCUUAUGAGUGCACUGAGUGUGGGAAAUUCUUUAGGUACACAUCCACCCUCAUUAGACAUCAAAGAGUUCAUACUGUAGAAAGGCCUUAUGAGUGCAGCUUGUGUGGGGAAUACUUUAAGUCCAAGUCCAAACUCAUUAAACAUUGGCAAAAUCACACUGGAGAAAGGCCUUACGAGUGCAGUGAAUGUGGGAAGGCGUUUAGGUACCACUGCAGACUCACUAGACAUAAGAGAGUUCACAGUGGAGAGAGGCCUUUCGAGUGCAGCGAAUGUGGGAAAUUCUUUCGGUACAACUCCAACCUCAUUAAACAUUGGAGAAAUCACACAGGAGAGAGGCCUUAUGAGUGCAGAGAGUGUGGGAAAGCCUUUAGCCACAAGCAUAUACUUGUUGAGCAUCAGAAAAUCCAUACCGGAGAAAGGCCUUAUGAGUGCAGUAGAUGUCAGAAAGCCUUCAUUAGGAAGUCCCACCUUGUUCAUCACCAGAAAAUCCACACUGAAGACAAUAUGAGUGCUGUGAAUGUGGGGAAUUCUUUAGAUACAACUCCAACCUCAUGAAGCAGAGAAUUCACAGUGGUAAAGGACUUAUGAAAGGGCCUACUGUAUAGCACAGGGAACUAUAUUCAAUAUCUUGUAAUAACUUAUAAUGGAAAAGAAUCUGGAAAAGAAUUAUACAUAUAUAUAUAUAUAUAUAUAUAUAUAUAUAUAUAUAUAUAUAUAUAUAUAAACUAAAUCACUUAGCUGUACACCUGAAACAUUGUAAAUCAACUACACUUCAAUUAAAAAACAAAAGACCUUACGAGUGCAGAGGUUAUGGUAAAUUAGGUACUACUACAAACUCCUAACACUGGAGAAGUACCUCAUGAGUUAUGUUGGAGUGGGCCUUCUGAGUACAGCGAGCAUGGAAAGUUGUUUUGGUACAGCUCCCCACUCGUUAGACAUCGAGUUCACACCAGACGAAGGCCUUCUAAGUACAGUGAAUGGAAGUCUUCAGGUGAAACUCCAACCCCAUUAAACAUCUGUUUCACAAUGGAGAAAGGUCUGAGUAUAGCGAAUAUGGGCAUAUGUUCAGCCAAAACUCCCACCUCAUUCAGCACCAAAAAGUUCACACCAGAGAGAGUAUUGCGAAUGCAGAAAGACUUCAGCAAAAUGUCUGCUCUAAUCUGUCCCUAAGAACUUUUUUUUUUCUUUGAUUGUGGUAAAAUAUAUGUAACAAACUUUACCCUCUACUUUUUAAAUUGUUGGGUGUAGUGUGUUUAAAAAUUCACAUCUAAUCUCCAGAAUUUUUUUCAUCUUGCAAAAAUGAAACUCUAUACCCCUUAAACAACAUCUCUUUCUACUCCCUCCCUACCUCACCUGGCAACCUCUUUUUUACACUCAGUCGAUGAAUUUGAUUACUCUGGAUGCUUUAUACAAGUAUAAUCAUACAUUUUUCACCUCUUUGCAACUGGCUUAUUUAGCUUAGCAUAAUUUCCCCAUAUUGAAGCAUUUGUCAGCAUUUUCUUCUGUUUUGAGAAGGAAUCAGAAUUGACCUAAGACAUGGGGAAGGGUUCUGAAGGUCAAUACAAGUUUGCCUGAUAUGAUGCUAUUUAGAGAAAGAGGAGAUCCAGAUUUUAUGUGGAAUAUUUAUUAACAGCUUUAUUGAGGUACUGACAUACUCAAUUUCAUUUAUAUUAAAAUUGUAAAAUGUAUUUUCACAUCUGUGUGCACAAUGGGACUAUCACCAAAGUUACGAUAAUGAACAUGUCCAUUACUUACAGAGUUUCCAUUAGCCACUUUGUAUUCUGUCUCUCAAGCCUACCCAAGUUGCCAUCUCCAGGUAGACAUUGUAGUUUCCGUUUUCUAGAAUUUCAUAUAAAGGGAAUCUUACAGGUUUCCUUGUUACGACUGUUUUUACUGAGUGUAUGAAUAUAUUUUUAGUAUUAUUCAUGUGUGUGCAAAGGAAUGACACUAAAUAAGAAUAAGGAAGGCUUUGUUAUGUAUUAGAGCUGCAUUGUUUGUAAGAAAUGUGUUUUUUUUUCUCACAAUCAAUGAGAAAAAGUUGUUUAAAGUGGGAAGUGAAGUUGAAACUAAAUAAUUUAAACUGAAAUUCAGUUUCAUAUGAAUUCAUUAUAAAUGAAAGAAUUUUGAACCAUCUGCGUCAUAUACAAGCUUCCACUGACAUAUUGUUCUAGAUUUUUCUCUUAUUUGGCUUUUUUCUAGUGUCUUUAAGCUGUAUCUUUGUGUCAUAAAGGUUCUUAGGGAAUUUUAAAAAUCAUUUUUUUGUGGUAAAAUUCACUUAACAUAAACUUUAUCAUCUCAUUA